CAUACAUUCUACGGGGUACACAACUCCAAUCAUUGUAUAUUCGGUCGUCAAAUUGUGUGUUUCGUGAACUAUACAUUAUUGCUUUCAAUACACUGAGUUGAGUAAGUCAUCAAAAUGUCUGAUUUACCCAAAAUGGAAUACGUACGCUUCGGCAAAACAGGCCUAAAGGUAUCGAAAAUAUGUCUGGGAUGUAUGUCAUAUGGUAAUCCGGCAUGGAGUCCUUGGGUCAAAGACGAAACGGAAUCAAUCAAACAAAUUAAACUCGCAUAUGAAGCCGGAAUUAAUUUCUUCGAUACUGCCGACGUGUACUCAAAUGGCUUAAGUGAAGUCAUACUCGGAAAAGCUUUGAAGGAAAUCGGUGCUCAUAGAGGUCGUGUUGUGAUUGCUACGAAAUGCUUUUUCCCCGUCAACGAUGAUUCUUCCGAUACCCCAAAAACUUUCGCUAGCUUUUCCAAUUUUGCGAGAGACCCUGACCUAGUCAACCGUGCUGGUCUUUCACGGAAACAUAUCUUCGAUGCGGUUGAAGCUUCGUUGAAAAGGCUUGGAGUUGACUACAUUGAUCUUUAUCAGAUCCAUCGCCUUGAUACGGGUACUCCGAUGGAAGAAAUCAUGGAGGCGCUCAAUGAUUUGGUACGAUCCGGUAAAGUGAGAUACAUUGGCGCCAGUUCGAUGUCUGCAUGGCAAUUCCAAAAACUAAACAACAUUGCUGAGCGCAGAGGCUGGGCAAAGUUCGUAUCCAUGCAAAAUCUGUACAACCUUCUGUUCCGUGAAGAAGAAAGAGAAAUGAUUCCGUACUGUCUUGAUGCUGGAAUUGCCGGUAUUCCCUAUUCGCCGCUAGCGACUGGCCUCAUUACAGGGAAGAAUAGAAACACAACUCGUGCUAAAAGUGCACAUCUAAUGACCAAAAUUUAUCCAAACACAAAGCAAGAUAGUAACGAUGUUAUUGUGUCGCAUGUCGAAGAAAUUGCCAAGAAGUAUAAUGCAACCAAUGCUCAAAUUGCGUUGGCCUGGCAUUUUACGAAGCCCUACAGUACUUCACCGAUCGUAGGAGUAAGUAAAAUUGAGCAGCUUUACGAUUUGCUUGGAGCUUUGAAAAUUAAACUCACCGAAGAAGAUGUUAAAUAUUUGGAGAAGCCUUACACAACACGUCCACCUCAAACUAUGAACUUCUAAGCUGUUUGUACAUAACGCUGGAUUUUUGUUGAAUAAAAUCAAUUUUUUGUGUGGUUGCA